GGUGGUUUGUUUACAUGGAAAUUACAUGAGUUCGAAUGUAACAGAUGAGCAUCCGUUGCACUCGCACUCACGUAACUGACAAAGUAAACAAACCACCGAGAAUUGUCAAAUAUGAACAUCAUUCAUUAUGAGUUCAUUCGUGUCGUUAUCUUGUAGAACUCAGAGAGUUCAACGGGGUGCAGUUGCGUUGCCAGAAAAGUUUUAUUUCCCAGAUUAAAUUUUAGAAAGCUCGGUAACCGCCCGAUACCAUUCAGGAACCUCUGUUUAAGGCGUACCAGUAUGAUGCGGCUUAACCGAUGAGGUGUAUCCACAUUUGGUGGUGGAAUCAAAAUAAAAUUGGCAACGCUAGCAAAAUAGAAACACAAAUGAACACUCCGAAUGAACCUAUUUUCAAUUGACAUUUUGACGAGUUCUGAUUCGAGCCAAUAAUAAGGGCCCUUUGAAAUGGCACUGACAAAGUCAGUUCUACAAGAUGACGACACGAAUUAACUUACGACGAAUGAACUUCAUGUUUGACAAUUCUCGGUGGUUUAUUUACUACGUCAGUUGCGCGAGUUCGAGUGUAACGGAUGUUCAUUUGUUGUAUUAAAACUCACAUACCGUAAAACGGGGGAACAUUGAUCAAUUUUUAAAACAAGUGCAUACUGGUACCAAUAGAUGGAAAACGUCCAAAUUGUUUGGUAAUUUAUUUCAUUUUACUAUAAAAAUAAAAUAAAUUUGUUGUAAAUUUUCAUUCGUUGUUUUCGGGGUAACGAAAUAACGCUCCAAAUGUUGUGUAAAUUCCAUAUCUGCAGGGGAUUUUAUGGCCCGAUAUUGGGUCGUCUCGUAAGAAAACAGAAUUCCCUGGAAGGAUAGACCGACUUUUAUCGAACUUUUUCGGAAAAAUAGUCCAGCAAGAAAAAUCUCGGAUAUUUUUAAUAAAUUAUUGGACAAAAAUAUUUUCGGUUUCUAAAAAAGUGAUCAGUUCAGUUAAAGUUGUUUGAUUUCAUUAAUAUACACGGAAAUGUACAGAUUGGAACGAUGCAUGAAAGUUGAAUCAUUUUCAAUUUGAAUUUGUUUUCAUAAAAAGUACAUUAAAUGACAAAAUAAUCGUUGCCGGUAGAUGCUGAGCAUGUUUAGAAUAUGGUUUGUAUUUUGUUUCGAUGAUUUUGUUAGAGGGAAUCAUCUUAUCGUACGUUACUGAAAAAAGUCUCAUUUGAUCAAACUUACCCCUGUGGUCAAAGAUACCCCGUUUUACGGUAACUCACAUGUAAACAAGCCAUUGAGAUUUAUUAUAAGAUGUUCAUCCGGUUCAUUUUGUUUAUGUUUGUUGGUGUAAAGCCUAUUAACUUGCACCACUUGUUGUCACUCUUCUUACAUAAACUCUAAUAAAUAUGUUUAUUUUGAAGGGGAAACGAAAGUAGAAUGAUUCGCUUCACAAAUAAUGCAAAAGCGCAUGCUGGAUAUAGUUUUUUUUAACAUUUAGUUAAAUUUUUACAGUUUAAAAGUUAUUUUUUCCUCGAAUGGUUAUAUUCAACCGAGAGAAUUAAAUAUUAAAUAUCAUUUGGAUAGAGAUUAAGAAUUGACUGCAGCGGAACCCAUGAAUUUGUAGAGGUGUGAUCAUUUGUCGAUAUUUUAAUAUUUUUUUGUUUGUUACAUCAAGUAUGACAGUUGUAGUCUCGAAACGUCAUGAAAUAACCUAAAAUAAGCUUGACACAACUUUUUUCUCCAAAAGAUUAACUAACGAGCUGUCAAAGUUAACUUUCGCGCUGUCAAAUUUAACCAUUCUCCAGAGUAGGGUUAUUUAACAAAUAACUUUUAAAGCGCCAGAUUUAAAACAAAAGUUAAAAAUGGUUCACAGCCUAAAUAUAUUAGCUCGGAAUCAAAACGUCCUUAUUGGUAGGGAUUUACUGUAAUGAAAAUUUUAGACGACCGCCAUUCAUAGAAACAACUAUGGACAUUUCUCAUAUCAAUGAACGUUGCCAGAUAUACUCAUUUAUCGGAAUUGAUACCGGUUUUCGUGCUAAAUACUGAUAUACCAAUGAAGCUUAUAAAUAUACCGAUUGUUUGUUUUUUAUGCCGAUAAAUACCAAUUUUUAUAUAAUUGUACUUCCUUUAAUUGAAAAUAGAUAAUUAUUAUCACUUAAACAUGCAUCUGUUUGAAAAGUGUCCUCAUCUUUCUCAAUUAAAUGAUCCAAAAAUUGAUUCAGGAAACUGUCGGAUUUCUAUCGGACUUCCGACUCAAGAACAACAAUCGUUUCCGAAAUUGCUUAAGUUCGGCGAAUUUCUAUUUCAUACCGAUGAUAACCGAUUUUUUAUUUAUAUUAAUACUUUCCCAUAUUAUAUAAAACCUUCUGACAACAAUGGAACAUUUCAAUCGUCAUUGUCUCGCGUGAAGCUCGUGAAUGAGAAAAUUUUUUUGCAGUGCGUUAAAAUGGUCCGUAAACGCGUUAAUGCAUCAAAAAAACGCGUGCUUCAAGUAUCCAACGAGAGGAACUCGGAGUUUAUACUGAAUGAUCUAUCAGAAUUAAAGAAAUCGACUAGAUCCGGCGAGUUGAGUUGCGAGCCGGACACCAAAAAACUGGCACUUGUGGAAAUAAUCGAUAACAAUGCUCAGUCCGAGAGUGCAACUUCCGAAAAUCAUGGAUUUACAAAACCGAGGUCCAUUCGUAAAUUGGCACCGAUUGUUAAAGUUCCACAGCAACCAAUAACAGGAAAAAUUGAGCCGGAAGAGGCACCACAAGCUGGGCCAAGCCGAUCUCGAGAUUCAAAGGUCGGACGCGUUAUUGCUGACGAUUUUGAAGAUAAUUCUGGCGAUUCAGAUAUCGAAAACGAUCUGUAUGGUUUUGAUGAUGACGAGUUGGAGGCAACCGAGUUCGGUUUGACUUCUUGCCAGGAAAAGAUCGUUGAUUCAGAAUGCUUGGCGGAGGAAAUGGCAAAACUAAAGGCUGAAAAUGCUGAAUUACGAAAGCAUAACAUGUUUUUGAAAAAACGAAAGAGCAAUCUCGAACGGUCCCACGCCGCAAUGCAGCAGGCCUUGCUGUCGAAACUUUUGCCUGUAACUCAUAAACCUUUUGAAAAUAUAGAAGUAUUCCCAGGUUGUCCAAGCGCCGACAAAAUAUCGAAGAUGUCUGUAGUUGCAAAGGACAGUGACUAUAUCUUUGUCAAGCUUCUCACGUAUGCAAUCUGGCCUGAGGGAUUCGCAGGGAGAUCCGUGACAGGACGCACAUCGAACAAUCCAAAAGGACGUCAUAAAAAAAACCUUCAAUCUAUUGCUGAUGGCCAAUCGAAGGCUGAAAAUAGCACAGUCCCUGUGCGUACAGCACUGGAAAAAAACAAAGUAAAAUUUGUCAAUGAUUGUUUAAUUGAAAGACGUCUCUUGUUGCAUGACAAUGCAUUGAAGGCACGUGAAGUAGCUUCAAAAUGCAAUCGAUUAAUGCAGACUGUCAUCAGUAACUUCAACCGAUAUAACUCGUCGUAGAUUAAUUUGGACUAUCGAGAUAGUUGAUCCAUUGCUGUAUUUGAAUUUGAAUUUAACGUUGGAUUUUCUGAUUUCCUUAUAAAACUUAAUGUAUACGUAUGUAUUAACAGUCUAGCUUUUCUUACUUAUUCGAAAGCCUAUUACAACAUAACGCCCAGC